AUGGCGACGGCAGGGAAUUCGAAGGCACCGAGUGGCGAGAAUCCGUCCUUAGGCGGGGAGCUCUAUCAGGCUGCAAUCUCUCUGCAUAAGAGUAUCAGCCGGAUCGGGGCCAAGGGGGACAUGAUGUUCGAGAUUGGUCGUCUUGACGCCGCGCAUCGCGUAACUCUGUUUGAGUUGAGAUCGGAGAUGUUCGAGCUGUCGGAAAAGAUCAGGCGCGUGAUGCCCGACGCCUUUCGUAUUGAAGCUAAAGUAUUUGAAGCCGAACAGACCCGCAAGGAGGCAGCGGCAGUGCUAACCUUGGGCUUCAGGCUACAGUUCUUCUCCAAGGAGAUCCAUGAAUUGUGGCAACAGAUGUGCAAAUUGCAGAGCUUGUUCUCGCCAGAGAACAAAGAUGUCAUGAGAACAAUGAUCGUUUUGAAGAAUGAGUACCUGCCCCGUAUCUGCAAGUUGCAGUGGAUUGCUAAACGUAUCAGCAUGCUGCAGCAGGUGGACCUGGAUUUUGAUUCCAAGGUGAAAUUGAUGAUGAUACAGUUGAAAUCUGAAUCUUUCUUAUCAGCUAUGGAGGAGGUGGAGAGGGAACACAUAUGCAAAUCUUCCAUGGAGGAGGAGGAGAGGAGGUUUGCUGCCUACCGUAUGAACUGGGACCGUAUAUGGGGGCACCACAAGAACUUCGAAAACCAGAUGGAGGUGUAUGGAGUGGUAGCAGCCCGAGAUACUGCGGACCGUCAUCGCAACCCUAUAUUCCUUCACAGAAGUAACUACUGCCAAAAACUGGAAGAAAAUGAUUCCUUUUUGUGCCUGGAUGGCCCGGUUCGUGCGAUUGUGUCCAUGGGCACUGUGUACUUUGAAAUUCAACUAAAAGUAAAGGGUGCAUCAGAAUCUGAAGAUAAAGCAUUGAUCAGUACUUAUUUCUUCUACAAUGGUGACAGUUCCGGCGGGCAUGUGGCUAAGAACGACUUCUGCACAGUGGAGUUUUGCUGGGAGCAACUUCGGCAGUCAGUGCAGGCUACUAUCCUGAGUGUGCUUGUUACAUCUGUAGAUGGAAAAUUGCCUUUUCCGCAUGGUGGCAGAGUUGUUUGCUCUUCACAACCUCAGGAUGGUAAUGAAGAUAUUGCUGGGCUCUCAUCCAGGCAAGUUGUGUUGGUUGAUUCAGAAGGUGGAAGAAUGCCAAUUGCUGAACAUGGCUAUCUUGAGCUGUCAAGAGAAGUAGUUUCUGUGGAAUUGAAUGGAAAGUUAAAAGUCCUUAUAGAGGCCUAUUCGACAACACAAUCUGCUGAGAGUGCUCAAGUCAUCUUAAUCACACCAAAAAAAUCCAACAUAACUAAAGUUGCAUGUAGCCUAUAUGCUGGUGGCCCUAAGGUGGAGAUUACUGUUGCUUGGUCCCUCAUUCCGUCGAAGAUGCUUAGUUGA